AUGCAGUCGUUGUAUGGGCACCCUUUCAUGCAACAUAGACUUCAGCGAUCCAACGAAACUUCAUCAGGUAAGAACUGGGUGCAGCGUUUCUUGCGGAGGCAUCCAAUGAUUAAAAAGAAGCUCUCCAGGAAUCUCUCGCGAUCCGGCGCCAAGGUAAGCGAAGAGCUGCUUCGGCAAUGGUUUUCGGAAGUAGAAGAUAUACUUCAGGAAGAGGGAAUUGAUCUAUCAAUUUUUAACAACCCGAAACGUAUCUUCAAUUUCGACGAAUCUGGUUUUCAACUUAUUCCGAGAAACUUCAAAGCGCUUUGUGGACCACAUGAUGAAAACGUUUACCACGUGAGUAACAACUCCGAAAAAGAAUGCUUUACUGCACUUUUUGGGAGUAAUGCUGAUGGUGAUUUGACGCCAACUAUGGUUCUAUACUCUGGUCAACGAAUUAGUCGUGAAAUUGCUGAGAGCGUUCCCAAGGGGUGGUGUGUUGGCGUGUCAGAAGAAGGUUGGCAAACAUCCAAAACCUUCUACGAGUAUAUGACCAAUUGCUUUUUCCAGUGGUUAUUAGAAACCAAAACAGAAUUCCCUGUUAUUGUUUUCGUGGAUGGCCACACGAGCCACGUCAACGUGGAGCUGGCAGAAUUUUGCAUGAGGAAUCAGAUAUUUCUUAUUUCCCUUUACCCGAAUUCCACGAGAAUACUCCAGCCUCUGGAUAGAUUGUUUUUUGGUCCUUUCAAGAGUAUUUGGAGUAAGGUCCUUAAACAGUUCUUAUUAGGAGACAGUAGUGCAAGACUCACAAAGACCAACUUUCCUGGUCUCCUGAAAACAGCUGUGGACAAUUUCACAAACUCGAAAAGUUGUCUGAAAAAAGCUUUCAACAUUUUCGGAAUCUGCCCGAGGGAUGUAAAUGCAAUGGACUUUAGCUCUCUGCCCACGAAUGGCUACAAGGUACUAAAGAAUGGCACGGUGGAGUCCAUCGAAUGUGGAUUGUGGAUCCACUACUGA